GUACGCGUACAGGGGAAGGCUUCCUGGACCGAAAAAGAAGUUUACGUCUCCAAUCGACGGGGUCGACCUCGAGAGAAGGCGGAUCUAUUCGCGCUGUAAAGAUAGGUUGCGCUCAGCGUUGGAGACAGAAAUUUAGACAGUUGGAACAGUAAAUCUGGAAGACCUUGGUCUGUAUACAUUUGUAUCAGUACUUGCUAGUAUCUUUCAAUACCCAGGCUGAAAGACCUUGGUGAGAUAACGGCGGCUUCCCACUUGGGGAACGGUAAAAGUUUGGUGCACAAGGACUUCAGUGGAUCGCUUUCAGCAGCAGCUCAAAUUUGAUUGAAACACCACGCUUGGAAAUGUCAGAAAAUAAGCCGAAUGAUGAGCCGAAGUUAUCAACGACGGACAGGAUGGUGAAAUCUGUCCCGUUCCCGCCCAACCACCGCCUGACAGGGAAGGAGGUGUUCGACAGUGAGGGGAAGCCCAAGGUGGAUGUCCUGAAGGCACACAUGACCAAGGAGGGCCGCGUGGAGGAGGGCGUGGCCCUGCGUCUCAUCGCCGACGGAGCGGCCAUUCUGAGAGCCGAGAAGAACCUGCUCGACAUCGAGGCCCCUGUCACAGUUUGUGGAGAUAUCCAUGGGCAAUUCUUUGACUUGAUGAAGCUCUUCGAGGUGGGAGGGUCACCAGCGACCACUCGGUAUCUUUUUUUAGGAGAUUACGUUGACCGAGGCUAUUUCAGUAUUGAAUGUGUGCUGUAUUUAUGGGCCUUAAAAAUCCUUUAUCCCAAAACACUGUUUCUUCUCCGGGGGAACCACGAAUGUAGACAUUUAACAGAGUAUUUCACAUUUAAGCAAGAAUGUAAAAUUAAGUAUUCGGAGAGGGUGUACGAUGCCUGCAUGGAUGCCUUUGACUGCCUCCCCCUGGCCGCGCUCAUGAACCAGCAGUUCCUGUGUGUCCACGGAGGCCUGUCCCCGGAAAUCACGCAACUCGACGACAUCAGGAAAUUAGACAGGUUCAAAGAGCCCCCAGCGUACGGGCCCAUGUGCGACCUGCUCUGGGCUGACCCCCUGGAGGACUUUGGCAGCGAGAAGAACCAGGAUCACUUCACGCACAACACGGUGCGAGGCUGCUCCUACUUUUACAGCUACCCUGCAGUCUGUGACUUCCUCCAGCACAAUAACUUAUUAUCAGUGAUCCGGGCCCACGAGGCACAGGACACUGGGUACCGCAUGUAUAGGAAGAGCCAAACUACAGGAUUCCCGUCUCUCAUCACGAUAUUCUCAGCCCCAAACUACCUGGAUGUGUACAACAACAAAGCUGCAGUGUUGAAGUAUGAGAAUAACGUGAUGAACAUCAGGCAGUUUAACUGCUCCCCCCACCCGUAUUGGCUGCCUAACUUCAUGGACGUCUUCACCUGGUCUCUGCCCUUCGUCGGGGAGAAAGUGACCGAGAUGCUGGUGAACGUGUUGAGCAUCUGCUCCAAUGACGAGCUAACGACCGAGGACGAGAUCGACGAACAGCUUAUUUCUGGCCCUAAGAAAGGAGCUACAGCGUCCGCCCGUAAAGAGGUGAUCCGCAACAAGAUCCGCGCCAUCGGCAAGAUGGCCCGAGUGUUCUCCGUCCUGCGGGAGGAGAGUGAGAGCGUGCUGACUCUGAAGGGGCUCACCCCCACCGGCAUGCUGCCCAGUGGGGUCCUGUCCGGCGGGAAGGAGAAGCUGCAGAACGCUACUGUUGAGGCAGUUGAGGCAGACGCAGCCAUCAAAGGCUUCUCCCCCCAGCACAAGAUCACCAGCUUCGCCGAGGCCAAGGGGCUGGACCGCAUCAACGAGCGCAUGCCGCCCCGGCGCGACGUCUCGCCCACAGACGCCAGUCAGAACUCACUGAACCGCGCCCUCUCCUCCGAAACCAACGGCACCGACCCCACAGGGGGCGGGGCCAGCCGCAGCAACAUCCAGUGAGCGGCAGCCGCCACUCAACGCUGCGGGCCAAUGGCGUGCUGCUUCCCCACCGGCUGGGCGGGACCAGCCCGUCUCCUCCCCGUGGCGGAUAGCCUGUGGGGGAGGGGCCUGGUUUUGCGCGAUUGAGGGACUGGGAGAGACGGAGAGAGAGAGGGAGAGGGAGAGAGUGAGAGAACGAGUGACGGCAGUGAAAGAAGCAGCUCGGAGAAUGAUGCUUAAAACCUCUUCAUCGGUGGGGGUGGCUGUUGUUUCUUUUUUUGGAUAUGCCUUUAAAAAACAUGCUUGUAGACACAUGAAAACGUUAUCGCCGGUAUACUCUUUAUGUGGGCAGGGUUGUGUGUGUUUGCCACAGUGAGGAAAGAGCUAUGAUGGUUUCUUCUUUAUUUUUUUAUUUUGUGGAGAGGCUCAUCCUUUACUGGACGUGGGAAAUUUCUUUAUCUUCUAACUAACUCUUAACGUUUACAUAAAUUCAGCACUAAAAACGGACAGUACGUAUGAAAUGUUUUUAAAAUAUAAAGGUGUACAAACUAAAUAAGGACUAUUUAUUGAUAACUUUUUUUUUGCUAUUCUUAUCAUAACAAUAGCUCUGAAAUAAAAUUAGUCUUAAACGAAUGUUGCAAAAUUGUUGAAAAUGCCAAAAAGGAAAGGUUUUCUGGUUCUGUACAGGUCAUGCUUACCUCAGGUCUAUGUAGUGUGUGUUUUGGCCCUUUUCUCUAUAAAAUGGUUAACUUUGGCAAUGAAUACCUUUGUUUCUUGGAAUUUGAUAACUGGAAUUGCCUUUUUACUUUUCAUUUGCUGACACUUUGUUUUAUUUCCUUGAAAGGUAGAGUUACUGGUUGUGGCUUGCUAGAAAUCUGCUUUGAUGAGUGGUACCUUUAUUUUCUUCAAUUUUAAGUAUAGUGAACAAAAUUUUAAAUACUAUAUAAAGUUCAGUGGGAAAAGUAUAUUCUGUAUAAAAAAAAUUUAAACGACUUGAAGAAUCUGCCUAUGCAUGUUUUAUAAAAGUAAUUAAAUACUUAUAUCAAGGAAUUAAAUUAACUUGGCUGCCAAGAAAUAUUUGGGACUGUAGUGUGCUUAGCAGGUAUUUACUGGAACUGUAAGCCGACAUUCUUUAUAGCCACUCUAUGAAACUACUUUAUGCCUUUUGCUUCUUUUGUAAUUAACGCGUUGAACUAUUUAAGACCGAAGAGGACUCAUGCUAUUUUUAAUAUAAGCUUUGAAGUGCACUCGUUGUGUACAUAGAUUCAGCAUGGAUAGCGAUUCUUGUGAGAUAUGUUUGUGUUUACACGUGGAAAUCCAAAUGCAUGGAUAGCUGUUAUUGUCAUAUAAUGGUGUAGUCAUUUAGAUUCUGUCCUGUAACGUGCCUCAAAGUGUCAUUUUGUUCUAAUAAUUAUUAUUAUUAUUACUAUUAUUGUUAUGUUUAUUAAUAUUAUUAUUAUUUGGAUCUCUUUUGCUUUGUAUAUCUUUUGCAGGAUUGAUACUGCUCCAUAAGAGGAUUUUGUCCGGUGGUAUUUUUAAAAAACAGUUUUAAGUGCCCCAGUAAUUCACUGCAACAUAAAGCCUUGCUUUUGUCAUUUCACUUUGAAACUGUUGGCAGACAAAGCAUGCACUUGCAAACAAAAAAAGAACUAGCAAAAAAUGGAAGUAUUUUAUAUUACUGUUGAAUAAAAGUGCAUGAAAUCAUCAGAAUCCACCAUGUGUGUUUUUGUGCACGAUGGUGCUGACUGCCCGCCCAGCUAAAAGUCUGUCUAAAGUCUGUGAUUGGACAACAAUGUCAAGAUGACAAAUAAAUAUAAAACAAAUAAUAAAUCUAUUCCACCCACAGAA